GGGGCCUUGAAUUUCAGUGAUUUGGUGGACAACGGUGCCGUUUUGACAACCAUCAUUGUGGCGCUCUGUCUGUUCUCGUUGACAUCAGCCGUGAUCAAGAUCGCUGAGCGUAAAGAUAAAAGAAAGUUACAUCAUGCUGUAAGGUUGGACGACCUUCAGAACGGCUACCUGUACCGCCUUCUCGUCUGGACAGGUGCAGCUAGGCAUGCUGGGACAGAGUCUACCGUUACCUUCAAGCUUGUCGGAGACGCCGCAAACUCCGAUGUGAGAGUGGUCAACAUCGCUGAGAAGGUUUUUACCCAGGGCAGCCAGGUGACCCUGACCUUCAGCAUAGUGGAACAGCUGGGUAACGUGGAGCAGCUGCAGCUCAUGCACGACAACAGUGGGGAGGGGAGCCGUGCAUCGUGGCACGUGGACAGAGCAGCAGUGGAGGAUGUCACCACUGGCAAAACGUCCUAUUUCUUCUGCAAUGAGUGGCUGGCAGCCGACCGCGGGGACGGGCAGGUGGUGAAGACCUUUCCUGUCGCCACUGAGCAGGAUCUGCGAUCCUUCGGGUUCCUGUUCCCGGCAAUUCUGCGGAGUAAUCUGAUAGAGGAGCACCUCUUUUUGUCCGUCGCUUUCACACCUGAAGGUAACAGUUAUUUUGCUAUUUCUGCACUUUAUCUUUAUCUUAGAUGGAUCUAAACGGACUAUACAAUCAUGUAUAUCAACGAUUGUCUGAAGUUUUACUGAACAAAAUUUGAGCAACUGUUACGGUUGAUGAAUGUCUGUUGCUGGUUUUGUUGCUUCCAUUUGAUAGCAACUAGUUUUGCUGAUUAAUGUGUCAAUUGUGUUUCCUUUCCAGGUGGCACGUUCACCCGCAGCCAGAGGCUCGGCUGCUGCCUGAGUCUCCUCCUUGUGUCCAUGGUGUCCAGCGCCAUGUGGCUAAGGGACGAAAUAAAAACCCAGGUUGUGCAGGCCGUCAACCUGGGGCCAUUCUCCUUCACCCUGAAUGGAGUCUACACGGGAAUCAUGGCCAGCCUCACCUGCCUUCCCGUCAUCAUGGCCAUAGUCCUGCUGUUCCAGUACAGCCGACCCAGCAACAAGGGCGACCGGCGGGUCAGAGACAUGGAGACAGGUGACACACCAGAGGCACCCACGCAGCAAGGACAAGCCAAGGGCCUGCCACACUGGUGCAAUUACGUUGCCUGGGUGCUCGUGGUGCUGUCUGCCGUGGGGUCAGCUGUCUUCACGGUGCUGUACAGCAUGUACUGGGGCAAGGACAAAUCCGAGAGGUGGCUGUCUGUGUACUUCAUCGCAUUUUGGGCGGAUAUCUUCGUCAUGCAACCAGGAAAGAUAUUGUUCCUCACCAUCGUGACUUGCUUUGUUGGUAAGACGCAAGCCGUCAAGAAGAUGUUUAAAAAGAAGCGGGGCCCCGCUCUGAUUAAAGCUAGCAUGGUGUCUUCACAAAGGGAGACAGACUUCAACUGCGAUGCAUUUCGCAUGAGGAGGAAGAUGGAGCGACUUUCAAUGAGGUCCCUUGCCAACAUCAAACAAGCAAGAAUGAGGCAGCGCAGGGACAGGAGAUUUGGGGAAACCGUGUGGGACAUCGCGUGGUUCUGCUGUUUCCUCCUGCUCGUGCUCAGCAUCGCCAUUGAGCACCACAACACCACAGAGGGUUUCCAUCAGACACUGAGCACAACCAACACCUUCCUGCAGUCUGUGGACGACGUAAAUGAUCCUCUCACCUUCUGGUCCUGGCUGAAUGAGACCGCUCUGCAGAGCUUCUACCCAGAGACUUCCUACAAUGGCGACAAGCCCCGCUGGUUUGAGAAGGUCUUCACAGCUGACAUGCAGACAGUCCUGGUCUACCCACCUAGCCUGAUCCAAGGCCGUGUAAAGCCAGGGCCGUGCGUGGUGCCUGUGGCAAUUCAGCACUUGUUUGAGGAAUGUUCAUCACCGUAUGAUGAACACGCCAAGGAGACCGGAGCAUUUGAGGAGGGGUGGAAAAGGGUCAGGAAUACAUCAGCUGUGGAAUCAGCAGCCCCUGGAUGGAUCUACCUCCCCAAUAACGACCCCAGUCUCCCCAUCUACGGUGUGACAACGCACUAUUGGGGAGACGGCUUUGGUCUGCACCUUGGAAAAUCAGCAGACGAGAUGCGCAGCAUCCUAGCAGACCUGAUGGCAAACCGUUGGAUCGACAAGCACACGAGGGUCAUCUUCUUGGAAGCGAUGCUCUACAAUGGAAACGUUGAUCUGUUCACAUCGCUGACGGUUGUGUUUGAAUUCUCCGAGAUGGCCGGAGUUUUCUCCCGUCACCACGUGCAGACCUUCCGACUCCAUCAACGGCCUGGUACAAUCGGGUACAUCUACGCCUUGUUGGAAAUCAUUUAUGUCAUCAUUCUCCUCUACACUCUGUGGAGAGAGGUGAAAACUGCACGCACAGUCGGCUUGGCCUACCUGAAGGGGGCAUGGAAUAUUAUUGAAAUCUUCAACUUCUUCUUGGCAUUGAUUGUCAUUGCCUUGUAUGGCUUUAAGGCAAUCUACAGCUCCAGGGCUCUGGUGGCGAUCAAGGAAGAGAAAGAUCAAGUCCACCAUUUCCGAUCUGCGGUCAACAUAAGCCAGGUUUACGGCUGGUUCCUGGCCUUCUUGGCGUUUGUCAACAUGAUGAAGCUCCUCCGGCUGUUGAGGUUCAACCCGUUCCUCGCCAAGCUGAUGUCCGUGUUCCGAGGGAUGGCGGGAGAGUUCUCCUCCUUCAUCUUCUACUUUUUCUUCUGGAUGUCAGCUUUCGGAGUCUACGCAUAUCUCAUGUUCGGCCUUACUGUGACAGAGUACAGCUCCAUCAGCAAGUCCUUCUCCACAUUGUUCCAGAUGUCUCUUGGAAACUUCUACUACUACCAGCUACAGGAGGCAGCCCCCAUCCUCGGCCCCAUCUUCUUCUUCGCUUUCAUCAGCAUCAUCUUCCUGGUGCUGAUGAACAUCGCCAUGGCGAUCAUCGACAGCGCACUUCCCGAGAUGCGGAACCACGACAUGCCUGAAGAGGACCGGUACUUCAUCCAGGGGUUGUGGGAACGCUUCACGGCCUUCUUCGGCUUCUGGAAAGCGCCAGCCACAGAUGACGACUCCAUGGACACUCUACAUGACAGCCUGAUCGAGGUCGAGAUUAAAGUGGAGAAACUGUGGCUGAAGAGACAGUCGCUCUUCAACCUUAAGAUGAAGGAUGCAGACCUCCCUGCAGAGCCGGAGUUUGUUCCUACUGUCAGAGAUGCCCCCGAUGCUGCAGCAGUGGAACUUCGCCACCGCGUCAUCAAGGUCCGCGCUGCCUCCCCGACCAUCUGCACAGACAGUGGCAGUCAAGGGACCCACUCCGAGAGCAAGACUCCAGUGGUGGUGACAUCCAGGUCCCCGGCAAAAGAGGAGGACACCCCGGAAAGCCACCAAACCAAACAAGUCAGAAAAAUAAAGUCUGUCCUAUCUAAAGGUGGGAAAAGUGACAAGACAUCAACCAGGAGAGUUCGUUUUGCUCAGGUUGUUCUUGUUCGUCACACCGAGGAGCGUAAAGUGGAGUGGCCAAGUGUCAAGUUGAGCAUCCAUGACAAGGCGACUCUGGCAUUCGGCGAGAUGCUGACAGACAACCACAUCCAGGCUGUCCAGAUUCUGCUUCGCCGCCAGUACCCGGCACUCCAAGGACUGGAGGCGCCUGCAGUUGGUCACUGUGAAGACGGAUUUGCCAAGAUUACAGGAACAGGGCUACAAAUCCACCACAACGGCAGCCAGCACUGGGUCCUAUCAUCUUGUGCAGGCGGACAGGUGCGCCUGUAUGACAGCCUCGGAGUUGCCAUGACUCCAUCUCUGCAAAUCCAACUUUACCAGUCAUAUGCCGCGUUUGCUGACCAAGCCAGAAAAGUCCUAACCGUCAUCUUACCGGACAUACAGCGUCAGGAGAACGUCUUUGAUUGCGGGCUGUUUGCCAUCGCCUGGGCUGUGGACAUCGCAGAGGGGCAAGACGUGAGCAGGGUUGUGUAUGAUGUUAAGAAGAUGAGGAGCCAUUUGGAGACGUGCUUCGAACAAGGCAAACUCACGCCAUUUCCACGUAAGACCAGCUGCAGGAAGGUUGGUCCAACCAAGGCACAGCAAAUCUCACUGGUCUGCUACUGCCAGCAGGGGGAGCGUCUGGGAAGGAUGCAGAAUUGCAAGGCAUGCCGGAGGAUCUUUCACGUCAACUGCCUGCCAGUCAGCCAUUUCAGUGAUGGGAAAUUGGCAUGUGGUUACUGCGGCGUGUAAGAAAAAACUGUUCUGCCGUGUUCAAACGACUAAUUGACACUAAGAAUCAAGGAUAGCUCUUUGUUCUCCUGAUGGGCAUCAAUUAAAGCACAAGACUAGCGUGGUGUGGUCGUCUACGGAGGGGUGACAAAAUGAAUGUUGAACUGAUCCCUACAUGAUUACCGAUCAAUUUUUUUGUGUAUUUCUGUGUAUGAUAUGUUUAACAAUUAAGUCUAGGAGUCCAGGCAAUGUGUCUGUCAUCAGAUCUGAAUUUUUUGCGUGUUCAUGUGUGUAAUAGUAUCAAUUUGGUCAAAGAUGUGUCUCUUCUAUUAUCAGUAAUUGUUCUGGUUUUCAAAAGUCUAUGUUUAAGUACAUUUACCUAUCAUUAUGUACACGUGUACAUGUAGGUGUUUGAAAUAUUUGUAGCAAGAACUUUCAGGACUUGUUGUGUUAAAUCACCAAGUUCUGUUUUUGACUGUCUAAAAUAGAUGAUAAUGACUGGAUGAUGAUGAUGAUGAUGAUGAUAGCAAUUAUGCUUAACAAAGAAAACUGUAAAUAACUGUGCAAUGAAUAUGAUACUUUUGUCACUUGAUGAGAUUUUAGACAAACCAAUGCUUGUAAAUAUUUCAUGAACUUAAUUCAUCAAAAGUCAAUGAUAAAAAAUGCCUUUGUUCCCAUGAUGUAAACGAAAGCUCAUUAAUGAGCACUCAAGGAUGAAAAUUUGGUGUGGA